AUGGCCUCGCGCGGAGGAGCCGGCGGCGAGGCGGCGGGGGCGGAGGCGGCGAGGAGGGGCGUAGGCGUCGGCGUUGGGGGAGGGAGAGGGAUGCGGCUGUUCUCGCCGGAGUACUACGCCCUGUGCUUCGGCGGCGGGAUGCUGGCGGCCGGCGCAACCCACCUCGCCAUCACCCCGCUCGACGUCCUCAAGGUCAACAUGCAGGUGAAUCCAGUUAAGUAUAACACUAUAUGUUCAGGACUGAGUUCUCUUGUAAGAGAAGAGGGUGCUUCGUCGCUUUGGAGAGGCUGGGGAGGGAAGCUAUUCGGCUACGGCGCGCAGGGUGGCUGCAAGUUUGGCCUCUACGAGUUUUUCAAGAAGCAGUAUUCUGAUGCGCUGGUGGACAGCAACAGGAGCACAGUUUACUUUCUUAGCAGCGCCUCUGCUCAGAUCAUAGCUGAUGUUGCCCUCUGCCCCUUUGAAUCGGUGAAAGUCCGUGUGCAGACACAGCCCAUGUUUGCAAAAGGUUUGGUCGAUGGCUUUCCAAGGGUGUAUGCCGCUGAAGGCUUGUCUGGAUUUUACAGGGGGCUUUUACCGCUUUGGGGACGAAAUCUUCCAUUUUCUAUGAUAAUGUUUUCGUCAUUUGAGCAUACCGUGGGCUUCCUAUACCAGAAAGUCAUUCAAAAGAAGAAACAGGAUUGUUCAACAGCACAGCAGCUUGGCGCUACAUGCCUGGCUGGAUAUAUUUCUGGUGCUGUUGGUACUGUUGUUUCAAAUCCUGCAGAUAACAUCGUUUCUUCUCUGUACAACAAAAAGGCUAAAAACAUUAUACAUGCUAUAAAAAGCAUUGGACUGCGUGGGCUGUUCACAAGAAGCCUGCCCAUUCGAAUUACCCUUGUAGGGCCUGUCGUGACCAUGCAAUGGUUCUUCUACGAUACCAUUAAGAUAUUUACUGGAUUGCCACCCAGUGGAGGGCUUCCUCGUGAUCUGGAAAAAGUUGACAGAUAA